UCAGCUCAACUCGACCCGCGGAAUGCCUCGCUCGAAUGUUUCCCAUGCUUCAUACAGCUCUGCAGCAAGCGCAUCGUUCAGAAUCAAGUCUCUGAAAAGGGCCGGCAUUCUCUUUACACCCUCUGGAGCGCCCUGUCCGGAAGAGAUUGCAGUAGUCCGUGAUGUUUUGAUCUCAUGCCCUCGACAAUUACGCGCCUGCAACAACAUUGCAGAGGUCGAGACCUUGGUGCCGCAACUCGAACAACCUCAUGCGGAUGACUUCAGAAGGGCAGUCAAGUCGGCGAAAAGCUUGCCCAACUCGAAAAUCGACGAAUGCGCCUUGCAACACGAGAGAGUGUGGAUGCGCGUGGUAAACGAGGUGAUCCUACACGAGCUCAUAGACGCCAAAUCUGCGCGAGAGCUCACUAGCACGGAAGAUUACCUGUGGACGGAGGGUCGUCACCUCAUUGUUUCGAGUGCUGAAUCUCUACACGACCCAAAACCUGAUUUUGCAUUUGGGAUCGCUCCGAAGAACGCUUCUCAGGCAGAGGACAAGGACGAUAAUACAGUGACUUUCGAUGACACAAUGCUCGAUGCCCUUCACCGAUCUGUUUCUUCCGCUCUCACGUACAGUCCGUCGCAAAUGCAAGACAUCUGUUAUCCUUGCAUCGUCUACGAGGCGAAAUCGGACAAAAAUCCAAUUCUAUGGGCCGAAAAUCAGGUCGCUGUGGGAGCUGCCCGCGCGCUUGCCCUUCUCAGCGAGCUCGCAGAACUUUCCGCGAUGUCAUUCACUCCAUGCAUCGUAGCUCUGACUUCUGCUGGCUCGCAGUGGAAUAUGCAUCUGGCUUACGUUGGGCAAGACUCAGAAGUGAUUCUUACACCUGUAUUGGACAGACCGCUUUGGAUUCGAGACGAAAUUGACAGGACGAAGCUCUUUGCGCUACUCUCUCGUGUCAAGCGAUGGAUAUUGGGUCCAUUCAGAGAAGCCGUUAGCGAACGCGUCGUGAAGAUCUGGCGAGAGGAAAGACGAAGCGAGAGAGCAAAGGUGGAAGUGCUUCGUACUUGACAGCAAGCAACACACUUUCAGCCUUGGCAUGGUCACGCGGUGUUCCAGAAAGUCGAGAAGCUCGAGCCAAGCUUCGCUUUUGGAAAUGGUGCUGCAGACCGAAUGUCGUAGCGAGCACUGGAUCUUGUCUGCAAAUAGGUUAUCUCACGAAGGUGUAUUCAAGUAUCGUUCCUUUCCUGAAAAAGAAUGCUUGGCUUCGGAAUUCUCUCUUUUUCGGAGGCAAGCGAUCCGUGCUAGGCUAGUGAUCGCUGAAGAUCUUGAUGGCGAGUGCGGAGGCCUCAUUGAUAAUUUCUGGCACGCACUUCGGCAGCACAUCCGCAAUUCUCUUCGGCUGCGCUGCCAUUUACGACUGGCA